UGGUCCAACUAAACCCAAGCCAGAUGGGAUGGCAUGUUGCUGCAGGAUGCUGUGGUAGCUAUGCUUGUUCAGUGUGCCUUCAGUUUUGAAUAAAUCCCCAGCAAUGUCACCAGCAAACUAUUCCCACACCAUCACACCUCCUCCUUCAUGCUUCAUGGUGGGAACCAUGCAUGUAGAGACCAUUUACAUUUUCUGUGUCACACAAAGACAUGGCAGGUGGAACCAAAGUUCUCAAAUUUGAACUCCUCAGACCAAAGCACAGAUUUCCACCGGUCUAAACAAAUCUCUUCUGCUUGUUGCUUUUCCUUAGUUGUGGUUUCUUAGCAGCUAUUUAUAUUUGAUGUCUUCAGUUUAUAUCUACAAUGUAGAAAGUAGUAAAAAUAAAGAAAAACCAUUAAAUGAGAAGCUGUUUUCAAAGUUUUGAGAGAGAUAAUAUAUUGGGAUAAGCUCACAAAGCCUCUUGUUAAGUCUAAAUUCUAUAUUACUGUAUACAUAACACAAGCAUUAUGAAAGAUGCAGCAUUCGGUUAACUUUAGAAGUUUGUAACCUUGAGAAAGAGGGUCGAAGACAGCAUCUAACUUGGAGCAUGACACGGCUUGUUUAACUUUGUCUUGUAAAGUCUGUAAUCUCCCAGGUGGUCAGCUGGAGACCUUGGAUACAUGAGAAACACGGCUGCUGGAGUGUGUUAUCACACUUUCCUGUGUGCUGCUGUGUGGUCUGAACAGUUUCACAAUUCAGUCAAACAUGUGACCAGGUGAUUUGACAUCAACGACACAGUGUAAUUCCUUAAAAUGGAGAGUGAGGAUGAUCUGGAUAUUCUGACUGCGCUGCUGGCUGAGAGCGAGGGUAUUGGCGAAGAACAAGAAAGCCAGGAGCAGGCGGACGAUCUGGACGGGCUGUUUGAUGAGGAAAAUGACGAGGAGUACAAAGAGGGCGUCGAGGAGGAAGAGCACAAUGUGGACGAGAUGUUGGAGCUCUUUGGAGAUGUGGAUGACAUCAAACAAGAGGAGAAGGACAAAGAGGACAAAGAGGACAAAGAGGAGAAGGACAAAGAAUCAGAGGUUGACCGUGAGAACCUGAACAAGUCGAAAGAGGAUUUACAAGAGGAGUUGAGGCAGAUGAAGGAGCAGAUGGAGAGGUUGCAGCAGCAGCUGGAGGCCAGCCAGAAAGUCUCAGUCCCGUCAGCCUCUUCAGCCAAGACUUCAGGAAAAAACUCACCAAGUGUCACACCAGUGAGACCCAAACCUGCACCUACCCAGCAACCGGCCUCCAAACUGAGCCAGGCCAGACCAGCCACUAACACACAGAAGACACCAGCAGCAGCGUCUUCAUCCACUCCAGCAAGAACAGGAAGCCUCAAGCUCCAGGAGUCCUCUGAGUUUUCUUCUCAGCUCAGCUUUGCUGACUCAUUUAAAAGCAAACCGAGAGUGGCUCACCAACCUAAACCGGAAAGCAGAGGACCACUGGUAGAGAUAAAGAUCGGCAGCUCCUUCAAGCCCAUAGAGAGCACCAGCACAGCCCCUGAUGCUCUGCGCUCACCUUCAGCGUCCCAUAGCAGACCUGCAGCAGCUGCGUCAGCAGUGCAGCCUAAAGCUCCUUCUUAUCCAUCUCUUCCCAAAGACGUGGCUCUUGAGAAAUAUUCAGGACUGCGGCUCAGAAAACCACGUGUUUCUUCUAGCGAGAUGGACCGUAAGAUGGCUGACCGCCGUCUGAUUCGACUGUCACAGUUACCGGAGCGUAUGGCUCGGGAGAAGCUGGAAGACAGCGACUGGGUGACGUUUGCUGUGCUGGUCAAUAAAGCCACGCCUCAAAGCAACAGCAGUGGCAAAACCUUUAGCAUCUGGAAACUCAAUGACCUCCAUAACCUGGAAGUGUUUGUGUCUCUGUUUCUGUUUGGUGAAGUUCACAAAGAGCACUGGAAGACUGAGACGGGCACAGUAGUCGGACUCCUCAACCCAAACCCCAUGAAGCAGAAAGAAGGAUAUGACGGGGUGAGCCUGACGGUGGAUCACCCACAGAAGGUGCUGCUGAUGGGUGAAGCUCAGGACUACGGUAUCUGCAAGGGUGUGAAGAGGAACGGAGAGCCAUGCUCGCAGAUAGUUAACAUGUAUGAGUGCCCAUACUGCCAGUAUCAUGUCAAGGCCCAGUAUAAGAAGAUGAGCUCAAAAAGGGCCGAGCUGCAGUCGUCGUUUUCCGGAAGAGCGCCCAGUAAAGUCAUGGGGAAGGGGAAGGCAGGUGGCCUGAGAGAGCGGAUUUGUCAGGACGGUUUCUACUACGGCGGCGUGUCCUCUGCUGCCUGUGCCGCCUCACUGACCGCGUCCAAACCAAACAAACCCACCCAGAAAACUCUGGACAAGCUGUUUGUGAGAGGCUCGGCUCAGCUCGUCAGUCAAGCCAAGAGGCUCGCCAUGCAGUCUGGUGAAGUUGCAGGUUGCUCAGAUGAAUUUAAGAGCCUGAUGUCAGUGCCAACACCUGGAGCUUUGCAGCUGAAGAAGCAUCUCACGCAGGGCAGCCAGUCAGUUUCCAAAGAAACAUCGGGAGCUCCUCUUCAGUCCAUCUCAGCCUCAGACCUGCUGAAGCAGCAGAAACGGAAGCAGCGGGAGCUCCUGGAGAGCCGGCGGAAAAGGGUGGAAGAAGUUCAGAGAAGGUCGCUGCAGAACUCGGGCGGUGCGACAGGCCAAGAUUGUUUAAUGUCACCAAAAGCUGCUUCUGAAGUCCCCACGGCCUCCCAAAGCCCGGCGGCGCCCCACACUCCGACCCUGGGCCGAGGCUUCUCCAAGGGAGAUGAUAUCCUCUUCUUUGAUACCAGCCCCCCUCCAACUCCUUCUCCCAGCACCCUCAACCUAUCAGCUGCCAAGCUGGCUGCUCUGAAGAAGCUAAGGGCUAAAGACACGGGGCUGGUGAAGGAAGACCCCAACGCUGUGAAGAGGAAGAGGAGUGACAGCAGUGAGAUCAAUGCCCGAGUAGAGCGGAAUCGCACCUCACCCAGUGCCUCAGCUAAUGAGGAGGAGGAGCCGGUGCAGAAAAAGAAGCGAGAACAACUCGACUAUGUCCAGUCAGAGGAGUUUCAGAAGAUCCUGAAAGCCAAAUCUCGCCACGGGAUUAUACUUCAAGCGGCGGAGUACCAGCUACAAGAGCGCUACUUCAAUGUUUUGGUGAAGAAGGAGCAGAUGGAGGAGAAGAUGAGGAACAUCAGAGAGAUGAAGUGUCGGGCUGUCACCUGUAAAAAGUGUAGUUACACCUACUUCAAGCCGGCGGAUCGUUGUGUAGAGGAGAACCAUGAUCUGCGGUGGCACGAGGCAAUGAAACGCUUCUUUAAAUGUCCUUGUGGACAGAGAGCCAUUGCUCUGGACAGACUGCCACACAAACACUGCAGCAACUGCGGUCUGUUUAAAUGGGAACGAGAUGGGAUGUUGAAGGAGAAAACUGGCCCUAAGCUUGGUGGAGAGCUCCUCCUGCCUCGAGGAGAGGAGCAUGCCAAAUUCCUCAACAGCAUGAAGUGAUUUAUUAUUGAGGGAGCAACCUAUAGACUUUUAUGUUUGUAAUUUAAGGUUUUACCAGGCUUUCAUUAGUAUCAGGUCUGUUUUUAAAUUUUGACAUUAUGUAGCUCUUGAGUGUCUGUGGUGAUACCAGAUGUGCUGCAAAUUGGCUGAUUAAAGCUGAUUAAAGAUUU